AUGCCACCAAGCAAGCAGUCCCAUUUCAACAAUCUCUCGGACGCAGGACAGGUCAUCAGAGCACCAGGGCAUGUUGCCAAGCCGACAUCAGUCAGCCCGCCAGCUGGUGAGCAGAAUGAAACCGCCAAGAGGCUUGACAGAAAAGGGACCCAAGAAGGGUCGCCAAGCCAUCAGCCGGCAGGAGGCUCUGAGACUCAGUGGAAGACGGACCAGCCACCAGCUGAGGGUGUCAGGGCAACUAAGAACGUGAAGAGAGAGAAGCGAUAG